AUGAUAGAUAAAGUAUGUAAGAUUAUAGAAAAUAUGGUUUAUGAGUUUAAUGAUCUCAAAAGGAAAGAAUUAUUCAAUGAACAUGAGAUUAAGAUGAUUGCAAAUAAAAGAAGGCAACAUGAAUACAAUAUUAAUAGCUCAUCUUCUUUAUUAUUGAAUUUUAUUUUAUAUUUAGAGUUUGAAAUGAAUCUAGAAAAUUUGAGAGAAAAAAGAAAAGAAGAGAAAAAGAUAGAAUACUUAGACGAAAUUAAAAAAUAUAAAAAGUUAAUAAAAAGGAAUUAUACUGAAUUUAUAAAUUUACAAGGUGAAAUAGAGAAUAAUAAAAAUUCAAAAAAAUGUAAAAAAUUAAAAGCAUUAAUAAAUAAAAAUGAAAAUGAAAUAAAAAAGUAUAAAAAUAGCAUUUUAAAAAUGGAAAAAAAACUAGAAAUAUUAUUACAAUAUAGCUUAUCUGAUAAUUCCUUAAUAAAAAGAAUAAUAAAAAUUUUUCAGGUAUGUUUGAAAAAAUAUUUUAAUAAUAUUCAAGUUUGGUUACAGUAUUUAAACUUUUGUUACUUAAAGCAGAAAAAAGAAGAAUUAGAAAAUGCUAUAUUAAGCAGCUUAAAGUACCAUAUGAAAAAUGAAUUAAUAUGGACAAUUUACUUAUACUAUUUUUAUAACAUAAAAAAAAAUAUAAUUCAUACAAGAAAGUUGUAUGUAAGAGCUAUUUUAUUUGUUCCUCGUAGUUUAUACUUAAAUAUUUUAUAUUUUAAUAUAGAAUUUGAUAUAUUUUUUAAAUUAUUAAAAAAUUUUAAAGAAGAAUAUAAGAAUUGUAAUAAUUUGGAUAAAUUUGAUGAUUACUGUAAAAAACAUAAAUGUGAAAUGGAUAAAAAUAUAUGUGAAAGUACAAAUUGUAAUAAUAAUGAUAAUAAUAAUGAUAAUAAUAAUAAAAAUGAUAAUAAUAAUGAUAAUAAUAAUAAUAAUAUAAAAAAUGAUAAUAUAAAUCUAAAUGAAAAUUUUUUAAAAAUUAAUAGUAAUGAAAAUAGUAAUAAUGAAAUUAAUAUUGUAAAAGAAGAAGAAAAAUAUGGAUUAGAUGUGAUUAUUUUUUUAGUUAAAAAAUAUUUGAAAACUUUUCAAAAUGAUAAAAGCAAUUUGCAUAUUUUCAUAUUUUUACUUCUAAAUGUGUAUUUAAAAAUAGAAAAAAAAAAAUGGGUAAGAAAUUAUAUUCUCCAAUAUGAUGAUUUUAAAAAUAUUAUUUUUAACUCGAUUGAAGAACAUAAAAUGAAUCAGCCAUGUUUUUAUUAUUAUUUAUUUAUUAAUGAAUGUAUGAAAUUAUCUAAUUUUUAUUUUUGUGAAGACUCUAAUUUUUUACAUUUAAAAAAAAAUUAUUACAAUGAUUUUGAAACAAAUUAUUAUAAAGAAAAUAUUCAGAAAUAUUUUAAUUUAAUCGAACUGAACAAUUUGUUAAUAGAAUUAUUCAAUUCCUUUGAUAAAGAUAUUAUGAUAUAUUUUUUUUGUUUGUUCCUUACCAAUUUAUUUGAUACAUUUUAUGAAUUCAAUGAUAUAUCUGAAGUUUUUAAAAUCGAUAAUAAUAAAAAUAUUCCUUUGCAAAAAAAAAAUGAAGAAAUUAUAUCUACAAAAACAAUAAUAAAUGAAAAUUUCAAAGAUAAAAUAAAAGAAGAAAAUAAUAAUUUAUUAGAAAAAAAAAGUGAUUUACAAAUUUCAAGUGAAAACAAAAAUAUUUUGUUUUUUAUGAAAGAACCUCUUUUAAAAAGUUGUGAGGAAUUAGAAGUUUUUAAAUUUUUGAAAGAUGAAAUUUUUUUAUGCAGUAACUAUAAAUUUCAUAGAAUUAACAUUGAAUAUAUAAAACAAAAAGAUAUUUGUAUUUAUAAUUUUUUAGAUAAAUUAAAUUUUACUUCAUAUAUUUGUUUAUUUGAAAAUAGACAUUCAUUAAUAAGUAAGAAUAAUUUCAUAUAUGAUUCUGAACAAGUCAGCAAAAACAAAGACAUACUUUCGUCAAUGCUUUAUUUUUUUUUGUUUAAUAAAAACAAUUUGGAAAAGAAUUAUACUGAAAGAAAAGAAAGUUCAAUAAAUAAAGAUAUAAAUUUUUCUGAAAUUAAAACUAACAAGAAGCGAAAAAAAAUGAAAGAAUUUUUAAGUGAUAAUAUUGAAGAAAGUAAAAGAUUUAAAGAAAGCGAAAAUGAAAGUACAACGGCUGAUAAGAAAAAUAUAUAUGAAAAUGAUAAUAAAAAUAUAUAUGAACAUGAUAGUGAGAAUAAGAGUGAAAGUGAGAGUGAUGAUGAAAGUGAAGAAGAAAGUGAUGGCGAAAGUGAUGAUGAAAGUGAUGAUGAAAGUGAAAAAGAAAGUGAUGGUGAAAGUGAAGAAGAAAGUGAUGGUGAAAGUGAAGAAGAAAGUGAUGGUGAAAGUGAAAGUGAGAGUGACGAUGAAAGUGAAAAAGAAAGUGAUGAUGAAAGUGAAAAAGAUAGUAAUAAUGAAAGUGAUGAUAAAAAUGAGAAUAAAAAUGAAUGUAAAUUUGAAAGUAAAAAAGAGGCUAAAAAAAAAAAAAAAAAUGGCAACGACAUAGAAAAUGAAGACAAAAAGAAAGUUGUGAAUAAUCUAAAGAAAGAAAAAAAUAGUAUAAAUAAAGAUAAAAGAAAUGGAAAUAAAGAACUAUUUCAUAUAAAUAAUAAAAUAAAUAAGGAAGUGAAAUAUCAUGAAAACAACACGGAUUCAGAAAAAAAAAAAAUUUUAAUAAAAGAAAUUUAUAUUAUUGAUGAAUUGCUUUUGCUACUUGAUCGAGGAAUAGAUUUAUUUAUAAAAAUAAAUAUAUUAAAGUGUAUCUUAAACUUAAUUAUAUUUUUAAAUAAUAAAAAUAUAACAAACUAUUUAAAAAGUAUAAUUACACAUAAUUAUAUGAAAAUAAAAAAAAAUAAUUUGAACAACUUAUUAAAUAAAGAAAUAAAUAAUUUAGUUUAUUUGUAUAAUAGAGUUUAUAUUGAUGAAUUUAAAAUGUAA